CAGGAAGCAGUGCAGUAGAAUUGUGCAGGAAUUUGUUUUUGGGAAGGAUUUCCUUUGGAUCCAGCGCGCGUCUCCUUUUCACCCACUUGGUCGCGCCCUCCUGCGCGUCACCGCGGAGUUUAAAGCCCCUCGUGAGCGCGCCUGAGUCGCCCUUCAUUCGUUCGUUCACGUGCCUCGGGAUGGUUUAGGGGUCGGUACGCGGCAUGGCGGGGGUCACCGUCAGUCCCAGCUGUCGCAACUGUUCCGCGUCCAAUUCCAACGCAAGCGCCGCGCAGCUGCGCCUCGACGAGGACGAGCAACUUUUGAGAUACAUAUGGAGUGAAUACCUGCAUCCGAAGCAGUACGAGUGGGUCCUGAUAGGAGGAUACAUCCUAGUCUUCUUGUGCUCUCUGGUUGGAAACACAUUGGUUUGUUUUGCAGUGUGGAAAAACCAUCACAUGCGCACAGUGACCAACUACUUCAUCGUGAACCUGUCCUUCGCUGACAUCCUGGUCACCAUCACCUGCCUUCCUGCAAGUCUCGUGGUGGACAUCACAGAAACAUGGUUCUUUGGAGAAACGCUCUGUCGGAUCUUACCUUAUUUACAGACAAUCUCGGUGUCUGUAUCCGUGCUGACCCUCAGCUGCAUUGCUCAGGAUCGCUGGUAUGCGAUCUGCCACCCUCUGAAGUUUAAGAGCACAGCGAAGCGAGCUCGCCGGAGCAUCAUCCUGAUCUGGUUGGUGUCGUGCGUGAUCAUGAUUCCCCAAGCUGUUGUCAUGGAGUGUAACAACCUGCUGCCUGAGCUGCUCCCUGAACUCACCAACAAAACCAUUCUCUUUACUGUGUGUGACGAACACUGGGGAGAUGAGAUCUACCCCAAGGUCUACCACACCUGCUUCUUUAUUGUAACCUAUUUUGCCCCCUUGUGCCUGAUGGUCCUGGCGUACAUCCAGAUCUGUCAGAAACUCUGGUGUCAGCAGAUUCCAGGAACCUCGUCGGUGGUGCAGAGGAAGUGGAAAUCCCUGCAGUGUUCAGCUCAGGCUGCAGGUCCUGGUGAGUCGGUCAAGGUCAGGACCAGCGCGGUGUCGGCUGAGAUUAAGCAAAUGAAAUCUCGACGGAAAACGGCACGCAUGCUGAUGGUGGUGCUCUUCGUCUUCGCCAUCUGUUACCUGCCCAUUAGCGUCCUUAAUAUCAUGAAAAGAGUGUUUGGCGCUUUUAAGAACACGAACGACAGAGAGACAGUGUAUGCCUGGUUCACUUUUUCCCACUGGCUUAUAUACGCCAACAGCGCUGCCAAUCCAAUCAUCUACAAUUUCCUCAGUGGGAAAUUCAGAGAGGAGUUCAAAGCAGCGUUUUCCUGUCACUGUUCAGGCCAAGGGGAAAACAAGGAGAGGGUGAGGACCAAGAUGAGCACCGACAGCCACAAAUCCCUGUCCACACAAGUGAGCCACUUCGACAAUGUCUCACGGAUCUCAGACCAGAUCAUGUAGCUCAGAUCAUGAGCGGUUAGUCGUGAAAUGCCACUUCACUGCUGGUUUAUGGGACAAAAGCACAGAGAUCUCAAAGGCUCAGACUUGCUUUUAUAUGCAAAGCUUUGAAAAGGUAAAUUUGCUCCAGAAUAUCACCCGGACAAGAGGAAAAUGACAUUCUGCCUCGGAUAAGAGAAGAAGAAACAGAAGAGAUUGAAUUUCCAGUUCACUUUCAAAGAUUCUCAGUGAUUGUGAUGCCAUUAGACAGAAAGCACAGGACACGCUGGUGAUUGAGUCAAACAGUUUAUUCAUCUCAAGGAAACAUUAUUUUGUUUGAAAAAAAAAGACUAUUUGAUAUUUUACAGUAUUAUUGUAUGUUAUAUAGUGCCUGGAAGUGUGGCAUGAAUAUAUUGGUAAAUCUUUUCAUUUCAAAACAAAAUCUGCAUCUGAAAUUUCAUCAGCAACAUAUAAAAACAUAUAAACAUUUAUAUCUUUGAGUGUUUAUAAAUUUAUAAAAACCUGAUUUCAGUAAGAUAAAAAUAGCUGCACAGGGAUUUAUUUUUAAUCUUUGCACACAUGAUAGCUGUUUGCCCAGGCACAAGUAACAAUCAGAGAAAAGGCUAGCGGCUAAAUCGGAUGUCUUUUGUUCUGCUUUGGUGGAUCUCUUACAAUAUGGACGCUUUUAAAAAGCAGGGUGUAGAAUUGCAUUUGUAAUAGUGCUUUGUUGUUUGACAUUCUUUCAUGUGUUUGAGUUCUUUGCUCUUACUCUUAAUGUAAAUGCCAUCCUGCUGAACACAAAAAUAUAUAUACCACUUUUUUUCUUGUUUUUAAUGUUUGUUUUUAAAUGGUGGUGUUUUAAUUGCUUAUGGUGAAAAAUUAAUGGUUCAUAUUUGGAAUCAAUGUACAUCUGAAAUCGUUUAUAUAGUUUAUAAUAUUUUAAAGGUUGAAUUGCCCACAGAAUAAAGAACAGUACUGUAUAAUAUAAAGUACAAGUGCAAAUAUAAAAAAUGUUUGUCUAACUGCUGUAUCAGAUGUAACUCCAAAUUGAAUUCAUUUUUAUAAUAUCUGAAAAUGUGCACCUUUUGCAGAUUUUUUAUCAGAUGGAAUUGGUGGCAAAUUGGUAGGAUUAAAAUGUUUUUGAUGUUUU